CAUUUUAAAAAAUCUUAAUGAUGAAAUCGUCAGAGAUAAAGAAUUUAUAGAACUUGACACAUGCUCAGAAUAUGAUAAAAAAAUUAUUAUGCACAACUACGAACUAUUAACAAUCCUCUCAUGUGCUCAUGUAUAUCACAGAUAUUGUAUUGAGAAAAAACUUUCACGUAUAUAUCCAAAUAUAUGCCCUAUGUCUGAUUGUAAUAAACCUGUCAAGCCUGUUAUUUCUGUUGAUAUAUCUCGAGAAGAUUCAUCUAAUCCUGCUCCAUCCAAAAAACAUGCUAGUGAACCUACCUCAGCAAACAAAUCAACUGGUAAAAAAGCAAAAAAAGAAUCACAUGUAUUAAAUGAGCUUAUAAAAGAAUUAUCUACUGAACCUGAAACUCCGCAAGCCCCUAUAGUUAGAAAAGAAAAUGCUGUUAAUUUUGACGAUUUAUAUAAUAAUAUAACCAAUGCAGAAACUCAAAAUGAAAUUAUGAAUCAAGAUCUUAUAACCUGUUAUUAUCUCUUUGGUAAAGCUCUAUCGGAACAGCUUGAGCAUCACAAGAAAUCUAAUCCUCCAUAUGCUUCUUUGCUGUUAGUUAAUGAAGAAGUUAAAGAACAAAUUCCCAAUAUUACGGAUACUACAUUGUGGAAAAAAGUAGAAAGAUCACGAAAGAUUUAUAAGCUCUUUCUUAAUAUCGGAGAGGAUAAGAUUCAAAGAGUUAGAUCUUUCAGUGCGUUGACCAUUUCAAAAUUAAGAAAGGAGGAUAUUGAUAGUAUUAUACUUACCAUUUUGAAACCAAAAAACCAAUCUACUGCGCCAGUCACGUGA